AUGUUCAGAUCGGAACCCAAAUUUUGUUUGAUGAGCGACGUGACUGAUCACGAAUUCAAAGUUCAACUCUUGGACGCUUAUCUGGAGGUGUGCAAGGUCAAAGUCAACCCCGCCUUGAUCUUGGCUCACAACACACUUUUCGAAAAAUCGAACGCUCUCUACCCGUACACCAAAAGCGAAGUCAAGGUGACCAGCAUCCCGACCACACAACAGACGCACACCAUAGACAACGUCAGCAAUCCCGUCGCCAACCGAUACGUCGUGGGACUGGUGGAAAGUUCGAGUCUGAACGGCAGCUACACCGGCAAUCCCUAUAAUUUCAAGUCGUCCAUGCUUAAAAAGAUAACGCUGUACAUCGACGGAGUCAGUGUGCCGGGUCAACCCGCCGAAGCGGACGAUGUCUCCUCUUACGUCAACAUGCUCGACGGCAUGGGACUGUGGAAGGAAGACAAGGGCAAUGCCAUCACCAGAAGCGAAUUUCUCCUGGGGAAUGCCUUGUUCGUCUUCGACAUCGACACAAUGUGCGCCGAGUCGGAGUACCUGAACUUGGUGAAAUCGGGAAGCGUGAGGCUCGAACUGGAAUUCAAGUCGGCGCUCACCAGCACGCUGAGUUGCGUUGUCUUGACUCAGCGAAAUUCCCUCAUUGAAAUCGACCAAGCCCGCAACGUGUUUGUCAAGUAA